AUGCUCAUUGUAGAGAUGAACUUUAAGAUGAAAUUGGUAUUACUGGUCAGUGUGGUGGGACUGGCAGCGUGUCAGUUCCAACAGUUUGGUUUCCCACCUCGGAGGCAGUUCUUCAGCGGCCCACCUCAGACAUUUGGUGUCCAGGCAGAUGACGUCCGUGGUGGCAGUGCCUACUACUUCUCUUGGAGGCACGACGGUGGCAGGAAGUACACUGGUAAUGCUGCCUUUAGCUUGUGUACAAGUCUAGGCGGCGGGUGGCAGCCUGUGGGUAUUAGCUCCCCUGACGAACUCCGUUACGUCAACAGCAUUGUCGGCAGAGAAAGACUGGAGUACAUCUGGACUGGUGGUGUGAAGUCUGGCAACGGCUUCAAAUGGCUGAAUGGAGAACCUUUCAGCGUGGCUGACUGGUCACACACCGGAGGACUGCGUCGACCUCAGCCAGACAACCGUGAGGGUGGUCAGGAGAACUGCCUGGCCGUCCUCAACAACUUCUACAAUGAUGGCAUUAAGUGGCACGACGUAGCCUGCCACCACGUCAAACCAGUCAUCUGUGAACGUCGUGCUUAAAGGGCAUCCUCUCCUUACAUUCUCUUUCACUUUACUCUAACCUCUAUUAUCACUCUUUUUUCCUCUCAUCUCUACCCUCAGUUUUUCUUCACCCUUCCCAUUCAUUACUCAACCUUUCAUGCACUUCUGUGCCCGUCAUCACGGCGCUUCCCGAAGACAUUUUUCAUAUUUUAUCAAUUGAAGGUAAAUUAUUAAAUUAUUUAUCAAAAGUACUGCGUAUGCAAAGUAAU